AUGUCUGACGACAACUCUUCUCGUAGAAGCCAGACAAGCCAGACGCUCAAAAACCUCGACUGCCAUCUGCCUCACCGCCCUGACCUCCCGGAUUCUCAGUCAGCAGAUGCUCGCAAAGUGCCGGCCGUGCCCGCCUUGGCUGGCGUCGGCAAACAGGUCAACGAUAGUGAUGAUGGAGAUUCCUUUUCUAAGACCUCGAAUCUGUCUCAGGGCGAGCGAACCCGUCCGCCCACAGCCGAAGAACUCUAUUUGCGUCGGCGCCAGAGACUGGUCCUACCCUCCGGCGUAGAAGCCCUCCACUUCAAUGCACGCACGGCAUCAUACACCGGGAAGACGGCCUACUACGCGGUUGAGCAAAGCGUCGUCUCCAUCCAUUGUACCGACAGCCGCCCGCCGCGGCGUCCCCGCAAGACCCAGGGCCGCGAGGAAGUUUUGCCGCUGGAUGAUGAGAAGAACCUUCAGUGGCGCAAGAGCGUCGGCCAGUUCAUUGGCGGCGCUUUUCUCAGCCAGAUAGACCAUAUACCCAUUGCACGCAGAUUGUGGACCCUCGGCUCAUUUCCGGCGGGCUACGUGCUUACGCGCCGCAUUACGCGCUCCACUACUGCGCGCGGCGCAGGGAAGGAAUGUGUACACAUCUGGUUGACUGGCGGGGGGUUUCGGUUUGGAUCGCCCGCGGAGUUCGCGGCGCAUGCCAUAUGGCUAAUGCGCGGCGCUCCUGCGGGCGAAUGCGCGUGCAAGCAAUGCACACACGCUUGUCAGAAGGACAUUACUGUCAUUCUGGAAGAACCUUUCCGACCGCCUCGCAAGUCUGCAGCGUCUAUGAACUGGCCGCCGCCAGAGGAUAGAGUGGCUAAGCGCAAGUUUGGCUCUGUUGGAGACAUAGGCGAGGUUGUCGCGGACUCAGUUGACCGCCAGGUUAAACGCAGGCACAGCCUGUAA